CCUCACUGUCGGACAUCUGGCAACGUCACCCAAACAGCUGUUCGGGACUUAAAAAUUUGUACUUUUUCUGAGAUAAAACCGAUUUUUAGAACUAAUUUCCCUAGGGAAGUGGCCACGCAUUGCAGUUGGUAUCUAUGAGCCUGCUCUAUCGGCGACUUGGAGCUUCCCUAAGGGGCAUUUCCCGCACCAUUCACCCACUCCUAGUACCCGAAAACAGGCAGAAACCAAGGGCACCUGCGGAAACCAAGCGAUUCUACGCCGGCAAAGUGAUGGGUGGCUUGAAGUAUCUGAACCAAAAGGAGGCCAUCGACGUGGACCAGGAACUCUUCAACGAGUACAAGUUCAGCGUGGACCAACUGAUGGAGCUGGCCGGACUGAGCUGCGCCCACGCGGUGACCAAGUGCUUUCCGGCGGAGAAGCAUCCGCGCAUCCUCGUCUGCUGCGGUCCGGGAAACAAUGGAGGCGAUGGCCUGGUGGCCGCCCGGCACCUCGCCCUAAUGGGCUACACACCCACCAUCUACUACCCCAAGCCCACGGCGAAGGCGCUCUUCGAGAACCUCAGCCACCAGUGCCGCCGCAUGGAGAUCCCCAGCGUGGCGGAGUGUCCCUCGGUGGAGGAGGCCGCCCGCGACUUCGACCUCAUCCUGGACGCCCUCUUCGGCUUCAGCUUCAAGCCGCCGGUCCGGGCGGAUUUCGUCGCCGUUGUGGAGCUGAUGCAGCAGACCAAGCUGCCGAUUGCCAGCGUGGACAUUCCCAGCGGCUGGGAUGUGGAGAAGGGAAAGGUGACUGAAUGCGAUCUGGAGCCGGCUCUGCUCAUUUCCCUCACGGCCCCGAAACUUUGUGCCCGCCAGUUCCGCGGAGAACAUCACUACUUGGGCGGCAGAUUCGUACCGCCGGCCCUGCAGUGCAAGUACGAUCUGAAUUUGCCUCCGUAUCCGGGCAACGAACUCUGCGUCAAGCUGUGAUUUAUACAUAUACUCGAUUGCCAUAAAUAAUACAAUCUAAAU